AUGGGUAAGGGAGACCACAUCAGUGCUGGGAGGUCUGAAAAUCGGGACACACUUUCGCGCGUCGCGGGCCGCCUCUCAGACAGCUACUGGGGAGGCGGCGGAGUACCUGGGUGCGCGGCGAAUCCCCGGGAACUCGGUGACCAACUUCCUUCCCGUGUGGCGCAUGGAGACGACGGCGACCCCGGCGAAGAGCAGCUUAGCCGCGAGCUGCACAGCCUCGCCCACCUCCUAAGUUGGCACCUCCGCGCGAGCGUUGCAGGGCCGCCGCUCGGAUGGCUUCUGGAAGGCGGUUGUACAUGGGCACAGGGUGAAUUCCGGCAAAAGCAGCAUGACGAUCAUCCUUCCUCAUCCAUCAUUCUCAUUAGUAGAGCGCAUCAUUUAAGCCAAGCAAGUUGUGGUCAAUACCAAAUCCACCUUGCCCUCCUUGCUAUCGUGGCGACCACCGCCACAACUGCAGUUAGAGUUCCAGUGCCACAAUUGCAGCCACAAAAUCCAUCUCAGCAACACCCACAAGAGCAAGUUCCAUUGGUACAACAACAACAAUUUCUUGGGCAGCAACAACCAUUUCCACCACAACAACCAUAUCCACAGCCGCAACCAUUUCCAUCACAACAACCAUAUCUGCAGCUGCAACCAUUUCCGCAGCCGCAACUACCAUAUUUGCAGCCACAACCAUUUCGACCACAACAACCAUAUCCACAACCGCAACCACAGUAUUCGCAACCACAACAACCAAUUUCACAGCAGCAGCAGCAGCAGCAACAACAACAACAACAACAACAACAACAACAACAACAACAACAACAACAGCAAAUCCUUCAACAAAUUUUGCAACAACAACUGAUUCCAUGCAUGGAUGUUGUAUUGCAGCAACACAACAUAGCGCAUGGAAGAUCACAAGUUUUGCAACAAAGUACUUACCAGCUGUUGCAAGAAUUGUGUUGUCAGCACCUAUGGCAGAUCCCUGAGCAGUCGCAGUGCCAGGCCAUCCACAAUGUUGUUCAUGCUAUUAUUCUGCAUCAACAACAAAAACAACAACAACAACCAUCGAGCCAGGUCUCCUUCCAACAGCCUCUGCAACAAUAUCCAUUAGGCCAGGGCUCCUUCCGGCCAUCUCAGCAAAACCCACAGGCCCAGGGCUCUGUCCAGCCUCAACAACUGCCCCAGUUCGAGGAAAUAAGGAACCUAGCGCUACAGACGCUACCUGCAAUGUGCAAUGUCUACAUCCCUCCAUAUUGCACCAUCGCACCAUUUGGCAUCUUCAGUACUAACUGAGAAGAAAAUAACUCUAGUACUAGAUAUAUGAAACACCGUUUUCUCAGUCCAUGGUUUGGUCGUUGUAGCGGUGAAAAAAUAAUGUGACAUGCACUAUCAUGUAAGAACCC